CGUUGCCAUUGGUGACCGCGCUCGGUUUUCGAUUGGCUGCCUUCCUGUGCUCUCGGCAAUCGUUCGCUCACGUCUGUGCAGGAGACAAGAUGGCGGCCUCCGGGAGCGCAGUGCUGGGCCGGGGAUUGGAUAUUAGUUUGGCGGCCCUGAGGCGACACGACCCGUAUAUUCAGUCUAUCGUGGAUGUGGCCAGCCAGGUGGCUCUUUAUACGUUUAGCCAUAAGGCCAGUGAGUGGGAGAAGACUGAUGUGGAAGGAACACUGUUUGUGUAUACAAGAUCUGCAUCGCCCAAACAUGGCUUCACUAUCAUGAACAGGCUGAGCAUGGAGAAUCGGACAGAGCCAAUCACUAAGGAUCUGGAUUUCCAGCUACAAGAUCCGUUUCUGCUGUAUCGCAAUGCCCGGUUUUUUAUCUACGGGAUUUGGUUUUAUGACAAAGAAGAGUGCCAGAGAAUUGCCGAACUCAUGAAAAACUUAACUCAGCAGGAGCAAGUGAAAGCUCAACAGGGAGCCGCCAGCGGAGUCUCUCCAAUGACCCUGGGCACAGGAGAAGGAAAGGAGGUGGAUAUAUUGCAGAUGUUAACCAAAGCAAAGGAUGAGUACAGCAAGUGCAAGUGCUCUGAACCCAAGAUGAUCACCAACUCAUCCGCCAUCUACACCAACCCCAACCUCAUCAAGCCCAUUGCAGUGAAACCCAGUGAGUCCCAGCCUGUGCCACAGCCAGGGAAGGCUCCGGAGUCCGAAAAGCAACAUUUAUCGCUCGCGGCUCUGUUCGGAAAGCCAGACAAAGCACAAGAGGAGACGAGACUUCAUUCCGAGCCCGGCACUGUCCGCCAUUCUGUGGUCCGUUCCCUGUCCUAUGAAGAAGCUGGGAAAGUGGUGGAUAAUGUCGAGAAGCAGCUCUGCCCGGCAAUCCAGAAGCUUAUGGUGGCAGGGGGUGGGUUGCAACCCGUCUCAGAGAUUCCUGAGAACCAUAAUGGCAGAUAUCCACCCGACAGGGACAUCUUCCCUGGUUUAUUCCAGCUGGUCACCCAGCAGACUCCCUUUUCCAGUGAAGACUAUGAGAGUGGGAAGAAUCUCUUGCAAACGCUUCACACAGCCCAGGUGGUGGGGCCCAAAGCAGAUGUGGCGUCCUCAUGCACCGCACAAUCCCUUAAUUACUAUGACAGCUCUCUACAGAGCCAACAGACUCCAGCCUCAAUGCCUCCUUUGUCUUCUGAACCCGUCAUGGGCUCCGGCACCAUCUCCCCACAGGAGCUGCUCAAGAAGCUAAAUUUGGUGCGUCAGGAGCAGCAAAUGCAAAGCAAUCCCAGGCCGGCCCUAGCGGCAAAAUUCCCGGUGGUCUCCCAGAGCGUGACGAAAACAUCUUGGGUGGAAAGUAUUCCUCAGCUCGAGAAACAGAAUCUGCUUCUUCAGGCCUGUUCUCCUCAGCGUAUUCCGGCCUCCGUGUCACCAGCCCUCCUCAUGUCCCCCAUGGUAUUUGCCCAGCCGAACCUGCAGACCAGGACAAACGGAACAGCCAACCUCUCCACCAAAGAGCCCUCCAAUCUGCUCUUCCCCACGGCACUCCCAGACAACCCGGCCUGCACAAACACCCUGAAUAGCUGGAAUAUUGCCCUCACCAGGAGUCAGCUCCAGGAGGCCCUGCUGCACCUCAUCCAGAAUGACGACAGUUUCCUGAAUACAAUUUACGAGACCUACCUUUCAGUGCUGGGACAGGGGGGACCAGGCGGACGGAAGACCUAAACACUUCCCACCCUUGUGUGUGUGUGUGUGUGACGUACAUUCCAUUUGGACAUUUUGCAGUUCAUGGCAGAAAGCCUGGCAUAACAGGGUUCAUGCUACAAUGCACAAACAAAUCGUAAGGGGGGUUUACAGCCGGCUCUAUAGGCAUUCAGGCAAAAUAGGCAGAAAUCUAUUAACCUAAAUCUAUAGACUGCUUAUUAAAGGUCAACUAAACCUUUUCCUAAUUAAAAUACAUGCUCUAACGGCAGACUGGAUAUCCUGUACGUGCUUGGAUGCAGACUGUAAAAGACUGUAACUGCAAUCAUUUAGCAAGUGCUACUUAAGUCCCAUCUGGACACUAUCCCCUCUAUGUCCCUCCUCUGGGGUACAUUACAUUACAUCCAGUUAACCCCUCAGUAUUAAUCUGCACUCUUUUUCUCUUGGUUUUUGAGCUGCUCUCCUUCCUUCAUGACCAUGGGAAAGAGAGCAGCCUUGAAGUAGAAGCAAUUAAAAAUGAACACUUGCUACGUGGGCUAAUGUGAAUUUACCAUUUAAUAUCCUCCUUAUAUUCUCUCCUGUGAAAAAUACCAGCCAUGUUUCUAUGCAGAUAUUUACUAGGCAAUGCCCCCAACGAAGAAUUUGGCGCAUCCCUAAUAUAACGUUUUAACCCAAAUUUUUCUCGCCGAUUGAAGCGGUGUUGCAGAAGUGUAGCAGGGAUGUUUUAAAUUGUGUGUGUGUGGGGGCUUCUUUUUAUUGUAAAUGGUUGCAAAACGGAGAUGUAUAUAUCUUGCAAGAAAUCUGACUUUUUCUGCGCUUUCAACGCUUUUUUUUUUUUGGAUGAAACGCACUAUUUUUUAAACUUUUGUGCUGGAAAUCUUUCAGGGGUCUAUGAAGGAGGGGUCUAACGCAAGGGGUUUCUAUUGCAUCACAAUACCUCGGCUUUCCUGUCCUGUUUCUUUUUUUAUUUUGUAAAAAAAAAAAAAAUAAACGAAAAAAUUCAAAAUGA